AUGAAGUCUGUCAAGGAUAGGAAUUUGGUCGAGAUUCCAAAGCCCAAAGGCCUCCCGGUGAUUGGCAAUCUACACAAUAUUGAUCUCGAUUCGCCGCUGUUCUCAUUGAUAGAGCUGAUUGAACCAUUGGGGCCCAUCUGCCAGCUCACAUUUGGCAGCGAGCUCAACAUCUUUGUGUCAAGCAUUGAGCUAUUGAAUGAGCUCUGCGACGAGUCAAGGUUCCACAAAAUCGUCACAGCAGAGCUAGAGAAGCUGCGCUAUGUCGUCCACGACGCGCUGUUCACCGCGAGGAACGAGGAGCGCAAUUGGGAAAUCGCUCACAGGAUUCUAAUGCCGGUUUUUGGCACGAUCAAGAUUCGUGAAAUGUUCCCGGAAAUGAAGGAUCUCGCUCAGCAAUUGUGCUUGAAAUGGGCUCGCUAUGGCGAAGAGUACGUGAUCGAUGUUACAGCCGACUUCACUCGACUCACCCUGGAUACGCUUGCGCUGUGCACCAUGGGCUUCAGAUUCAAUAGUUUCCACAACGGAUCAGUCCUGCACCCCUUUGUCGACAGCAUGGUGAGAACGUUGAAAGAAGCCAGUGUUCAAGCCGCUUUGCCAGGCUUUAUCCAAUCCUUCCGAAAGAGGUCCUGGCGUCGGUACGAGAAAGACACAGCCUUUAUGAGAAAACUAUGUCAAGACAUCAUUGAUAAACGAAAGGGCCAGACGGACACAGACUCCCACGAUCUGUUGGCGGCGCUCCUGGGAGGUCGUGACCCCAAGACUGGCGAGGGCCUGUCUGACGAUUCCAUCAUUGACAAUAUGCUCACGUUUCUUAUUGCUGGCCACGAGACUACUUCAGGACUCCUAUCGUUUGCCUUGUACUACUUGCUGGCUAAUCCCCAUACGAUGGAAAAGGCGCGCCAAGAGGUUGACGAAGUCAGCCAAGGCUCCCCAAUCACGGUCGAGCACCUUUCCAAACUGCCAUAUCUCAAUGCAGUUCUCAAGGAGACGCUCCGUCUUCAGCCCACAGCUCCUGGCUUCAUCUUGGCCGCAGACAAAGACGAAAUCAUUGGCGGCAAGUAUCUCAUCCCAGCGAAUGUUCCCAUCGGGGUUCUGCUUCACAUGGUCCAUCAAGACAAGGCCGUUUACGGCGAGGACGUCGCCGAGUUUAAGCCGGAGAGAAUGCUGGACGAGAACUUCAAUAAGCUGCCGCCCAAUUCCUGGAAACCAUUCGGCAAUGGAAUGAGGGGAUGCAUAGGUAGAGCUUUUGCAACCCAAGAAGCACUUUUGAUUGUGGCGAUGCUGCUGCAAAACUUUACAUUUGAGAUGGCGGAUCCUGGUUAUAAGCUUAAAGUUAAAGAAACUCUGACAGUCAAGCCAGACAACUUUCGGAUGAGGGCCAAGCUCAGGCGUGGCGGCACUGCCACGGAGUUUCAGCGUGAAUUACAGUCAGUGGGUUCAGUUAACGCCAAGACGAGCUCGACUCCCUCCGUUGUAUCAGCACAGGCCGCCGGAGGUGACAAGAAGCCGCUUACGAUUCUCUAUGGAUCCAACAGUGGCACAUGUGAGGCUUUGGCAUAUAGACUAGCAUCUGAUGCCACUCUCCACGGAUUCCAUGCUCGGAAGAUUGCACCCUUGAACGCAGCCCGUGACAACCUCCCCAAAUCAGAACCAGUCAUCAUUCUUGCCGCGUCCUAUGAUGGUUUGCCGUCGGACAAUGCCGAAGAAUUCUUUGACUGGCUAAACACAGCUGAGAAGGACUCUUUGAAAGGAGUUUCAUAUGCAGUUUUUGGCUGUGGACAUCGGGACUGGGUUGCAACGUUUCAGCGAAUUCCCAUCCUCAUCGACGAUCUUCUGCAAAAGGCUGGUGCCGAACGAUUUGCGACUAGAGGUCUUGCAGACUCGGCGGUGAUGGAUCUCUUUGUAGAACUCGAAAAAUGGACCACCGACUCCAUUUGGCCAGCUAUUUCUCAGAAAGAUGGAAAAGCGGAUAAUGAUGGAGAAGGCCAAUUGAUCAACUCGCUGCUCAAAGUCGAGUUUUCUGAGCCGCGCCAGCUGCAACAAUAUUCUCAGCUGGUAGAGGCAACGGUGAUGGAAUCACGGAGUCUGACGACACCCUCUGCUAUUGGCCAGAAGGUGCACAUCGACAUACAGCUCCCUUCAGGGGUGUCGUACCAUCCUGGCGACCAUCUUCUUGUGCUGCCUGUAAAUCCAAUGAGGAACGUCAAGCGUGUUCUAUCGCGUUUUCACUUGACGUGGGACACUAUCGUGCGGGCAUCUGGAAAUGACUCUGUUCGCAUACCGGUCGAGACGGCCAUGACGGUGCACGAGCUGCUGAGUUCUUACUUUGAGCUGGCUCAGCCGGCGACGCCGAGGGACAUUCGAGUCCUUGCGGCUGCGGCUGAGGACGAAGCGACUAAGAACCUCCUUAACAACCUUGCAAACACCUCCUACCUUGAAGAUAUUCAAGAAAAGAAAACCUCCCUGCUCGAUCUGCUGGAGAAAUUUCCAGAGAUACCCAUCGGCUUCGGUACCUACCUGACUCUUUUGCCAUCCCUCCGCCUACGGGAUCUGAUUCACGUGGCCACGCGCCCAGUCAAAGGCAUUUUCCAGAUGCCCACCGACUUGUCCAAAGCACCAACCAUUAUGAUUGCAGCAGGAGCUGGUCUUGCCCCGUUUAGGGGAUUCAUCCAAGAGCGAGCUUACCAGCAGCAAAACGGAGUUCAACUAGCACCAGCCGCUUUGUUCUUCGGAUGCAGAUCGUCACAUGAUGAUUUGUAUCGUGACGAGCUUGAUGCUUUCGAAUCGUCAGGAGUCGUUCGCGUGUUCCGCGCCUACAGCAGAGAAGACGUGGGCUCUAAACCCAAUACCAGGAAAGGAUACGUCCAGGAUAGCAUACAGGCGGAAAAGGAUGCGUUUGUCCAGCUGUGGAAUGCUGGAGCAAAGAUUUAUGUCUGCGGAAGUGUGAGAAUGGCCUCGCAAGUCAAGGAUUUGGUAGCGAAUCUGGUGUACACAGCUGGGCCGAUGGAUGCCCAAAAGGAAUUCACGCCGCAGGAAUGGUUCAAGCGCUUUGAGAAGACGCGGUAUGCCGCAGAGAUUUUCACCUAG